UGUCCCCUCUGUCUGUCGCGGCACAAACAGGAAGUUUAAAAAAAACGAGCAGAACACGGAAGUGGAGCAGCUUUUAUUGAGCUCAGCGGGAAAGUGAAAGCAAAUGAGGCCGGAGCAGGAGAAUACACACAGGCAAUGCUAAGGAAGUGUUAGCUUCAUUUAACUGCUCACACACACAAACCGACUGAGAGAGGAAAAGAACCAAGAUUUUCGACUGUACCUAUUUCAGUCACACGACGAGCUCACAGGACUAGAGGCUUCCCUGGGACUAAUCUCUCUUUCUAGACGGCUACCCAUCACCAAUAUGAACCCUCCAGGAGCAUUCUGGGAAAGAUCCAAUGAUGAUGACUUGCCCCAGAUGGACGGCACAUGUGACGCAUGUGAACCAGACGAACCUCAGCCGGCUACGCAAAUGUGUGUGAUUUGCCGCUUUGCCUUUUGCGUGGUCCACGGCGAAAAACAUGCACGCAGCACCAGACAUCCACUUCAGCCCUACAACACGCCAAAACCCCCCGUAGACGCCAACGUAGACAUCAAUGCUCAACCUGAGGCACAUGAAAACCAUUUGGAGGAGGCCGAGGCUGCUGGUGGUGGAGGAGAAGCGAUUGAGGAGCAGGAUGAGGAGCAGAAAGGGUGUGAAUCAGGAAAGAGAGACACAGUGACAGUAGAAAGACUAAGAUGUAAGGAGCAUGGGCAGGAGGGAUCGUUGUACUGCAAACAGGAUGAAAGGAUUGUGUGUGUGUUGUGCGUUGUCCAGGGAGAACACAGAGAGCAUGAGAUUAUUACACUUCAAGAAGCCUACAUGUGGCAGAAGAGUAAAGAGGGCAUAGAUCUGCUAGCCUACACUCAAGAAAUGUCAGAGAAGAUCAAGACCAGGUGGAGCCGUCCAAAUAUGAGCCCCGAUGAGCUGGAGCUCUACGUGAACCAGCAGUUCGAUGAGUUACAGAGGCUGGUGCGUCUGGAGGAGUGGCGCGUGCUUCACCUGGUAGACCUGAAGGAGGCAUUUUUGACGGCACAGGCCGCUGAGAAGAUUGCUGAGAUCAGCGUUCACACCGAGAAACUGCAGGAGGAGAUGGACUCCAUCACCCAGCAGCUGGGUGAGCUUGAUCACGCUGAGCAAAAUGGCGUGGGCCCAGCCGGCCUGGCACCUCUGCUGGCAGGACAACCGCAGCCCCCUGGUGCCGCACUGCUGGAACCAAGGCCUCCGAUGGACCCUGAAGCCAGACCGAGAUUACCUGCUCAGCAGCGAGACCCUCAGGAUAAUCAAGACUAUGGAGAUAGAGAAGACUUCAUGGGCCAUGCACCAUAACAGCAAUAGAAGUGUUCUGCUAUAUUCUGCCUUAUUCUAAUGAACUGGUACAUUGGAGUGGACUGUCUGUCUAUUUAGCUUCUGAAACUACCUUUAAGUUCAGUCUUUCUGUUCAGUCUUUGGUGCUUCUCUUCUCCUGAGGAAGAGGAUACAUUGAAUGGAGUUGAUUGCAAUCAAAGGUUGUCUUCAGUACCAGUCAGACACUCCGUUGAAGAUUUGCUGCUGAAUGACAUGAAAUGAAAGUGGGAAAUGUAAACCAAAUCCAAUUUGCCUUUACUUGUAUAUUUUGUUGCGAUUAUAGUGCUAGAUUUUUUGAAAUGUGAAAACCCAACCAAGUACACAAACAUGUAGUCUAUAGUUUAUUAACUCUGGGGUUUUUUUUUUUGUUGUUGUUUGUUUUUCUCCCAAUUUCCACCAGCUAAGUACAUUAUGCCCUGUCACAUUACAGCUACCAACCACAUAGUAAGAACUCUAAAACAUGCUUUUUUUUUUAGAGACUAGCACAAGCUUUUUUAGACACAUGAAGCCAGACACUUCAUCUUUUCAAAUGACUGUUCAUGCAUCACAGGGCAACGUAACACAUUUAGAUGAAAGUGUUAAGUGCCCACGAUUGGUCGCACUGAUUGACGUAGGAGAGCGAAAUGCAAUCCCUUCCCUUCCCAUGAAUCACAGCUGAUAUUGCUCUCUCUUGCUGUGCCAUUUUCCUAAAUCAAAAACCCUGCAUUCUCCUGUUGAUCAUGGCUUCACAGGAGCCAGCAAAAUGAAAGAGUGUAAAAAAAGGUUGGAAAUGUAUCUUGUCCAUAUAUAUCUUCUAUAUUGCAGAAUGGUUUAAAAAUCUGUUUGAUAAAAAAACACUACAAAUGAGUUUGAUGCAAGACAGACAGAAUAGAAAAAAAACACCAAAGUUUUAAAAUAAAUGUCUAUUUUUAACAUGGAAUGUCUUUGCCUGAACUGUAACAACUCAAUAGAACAAAAAUGGAUUAUUUUUCAA